UCUGCCGACGUCAUCUUGCGUUCUACAGAUGGAUUCGACUUCCGCGCUCGCAAGAGCAUCCUUACCAUCGCUUCGCCCUUGUUUCGUGACAUGUUCAGCGUUGGCCAGACCAGCAGCGAUUCAUCCGCCGACAAGGACCUCGUGGUGGAUGGACUUCGUGUCGUCCCGAUGACCGAGGAGACGGGAGAGGUGGUCGAAAAGCUCUUGCAGCUUUGCUACCCCCUGGACCCGCCGACCUGGGCCAAUGCAGCGGAGGUACAGCCAGUCCUCGCGGCCGCUAUCAAAUACCAGAUAGACACCGGCACAAGAGCGCUGAGGAAAGAACUGGCCUCGCCCAAGUUCCUCGAGAGCGAACCUCUGGGCGUUUACGCCGUAGCGUGCCGGUUGCAGCUGCAGGAGGAAGCGCGUCUGGCGGCCUGGUACACGUUGCGACAUCCCAUGGUGAAGAAGCCUUCCAUCCCAGAGCUCCGUUUCAUCUCGGGACAUACCCUGCACCUCCUAUUCGAGUACCGCAUAGAUUCCAAUCAGGCAGCCUCUAUUCUGGCUCGGGAGUCUGGCAUGGAAUGGGAUUCAGAACGCGAUUGGGUCUGGCUUACUUGUACUGAC